UCUGCUGCCUCCCCGUUCAGCCCCGUGGGGCUGCCCCGCCAGAGUGGGGUUGGCGCUGCAGCCCUUCAUGGCUUCCCAGCACAGUCUUGUGUUCCUCGCAGGCCAAAAGAAUGUACAGCCUAACUGAAAGCCUUGUGGAGCUACUGUGGGAUGUGGAUGUAGAGGUGGUCGGGAUGGCCUUGCCAGAAGUACCCCGGAGGCAUAGCUCUGUGGGGCAGGAGAUGGGCACCAGACCUGCCAGGACUGGGGGCAGUGGCAGGUCUCCUUCAACGAGGACUUGCCAGAGCUGCUGAUUUUGGUGCAGCCCUGGCCAAUGCGGUCAGAGCAGCAUUGGUGCCCUCGCCCCCACUUUCCUUCUGUGUGUCACAGCCCCGUGUUCGGGAGGGCCACCAGCCGGCACUUCUCCCAAGGAGCCCGUGCCAGCUCGUGUGGAGGCCCCGUGGCCUUCCCGCUGCGGCUGCGUUGGCAGCCGAGGGGGCUCCUUCUGCUGCCGUGGGCAGGCACAGCAGGGGAGGGUUUGCUUAGUUUUUCAGCUGUGCCUAAAGUUCGUGUCCAGCUGUCUUGGAUGCUUUGGAGAACGGACUCCUUCCCUCCUGGGGCAGGUUGGCUGGGCUGGGGGAGGCCCCAGGGCACGUGGCAGUGUGUCACAGGGCCCUUUGUGGCACGUGAUGACUUAGUAGUGGUGGUGAGGUGGCCAUGCCUCAGUGCUCCUCGGAGCAUGUGACAGGACAGAUGGGACAGAGCGGUGCUGUGCGGAGCCCCCGUGCAGCCAACUCCUUCCCUGCUGAUCCGGAGCGUUUUGGAAGCGUUACUCUUGCAGGUGCCCUCGAGGCAAGACUGCAGGACUUGGUGACCCGCAGCCUUCCGAGGUUUCCCCCACCCUUUCAGCAGGUGCCUUUGAGGCUCAACCGCAGGACUUGCUGACCUGGAGCCUUUACAAGAACUCUUCCAUCCUUGUGGCAAGAGCCCUUGAGACCAGACUGUAGCUCUUCCAUGGCUCCUCUCCUGCUGGUGCCCUCAAGGCCCCACUGUGGGACUUGGUGAUCAGUAGCUUUUCUCAGGUUUUUCUGUUGCAGUUGCCCUUGACACCAGACUGUGGAGUGGUGUGGAGACGCCUUAGCCUGUUUGGGAUGAAGAUGGUGAAGGAAGGUGCUGGGGCUGCCCCAGCUCGGCAGCCUGAAAGAGUGGAGUGGUUCCAGCCCCUGCAGGAGGAUCCAGGCCGGGACCGGACACAGGAGCAGGACCGCGCCCGGGGCCGCUUCUGCAGGGCAGCACAGAUGGUUUGCCAAUUCACCAGGUGCAUUUGGAGGGAAGAGACCAUCGCCAUGGGCGCUGGGGGCAUGGCAAACUCUGACCUCUGCAAUGCCGAGACCAGCGCUGCCCUGCUGGAUUUGCUUGUGGAGAAUGGUGUCUCCAGUGCCGAGAAAGUGCCAGCCUUCGUCAGGUACAUCCACCGGUGGCUCACGGCCAAUGUGUGUGCUGAGCGCAGACUAGACAGGACUCUUCUGGCUCUGGUCGAGGCACACCCCGUGGAUGUGGUGGUGACUCUGCUGCGCUCUGCCCCAUGCUGUGACAGAGCUGCUGUGAGCAUGUGGAGAGCAAUCAUCUCCUUGAGAACUACUGCAGAGUGGGUGCUGACGAUCCUCGCCCUCGUCCUGGGAAGCUGGCCAGCUUGCUGCAACCGUGGCACUCUGGAAGAUCCUCCAUCUGCUCUGCUGCACACGGGCAGUGAGGGAGUGUUUCCCCAACCUCUUUGUGCAUCUGCUCUUCCAAGUGUUCUUCAGCACAGUGCAGAUGCCGGAGGAGGUUGACACCUUGUGGAGGGAAUGUUAGAAGCAACGCAGCCUUCCCACCAACCCCAACAGGUUUGCAGUGCUGACCCUCAAAGCCCUGCUGCACCGUCUGCGCUGCGAGAGCGUGGUGGUGGCACUGGAGCGCAAGUGUGGCUGGGACACGCUCCUCAACGCCGACACCCACCACUACGCAGUGGGUCUGCUGGCCAGGGAGAUGGGCUCUGUCUGCACCCCCUGGUGUUGCAGCAUUGUGUGCUGCCUCCUGGAGCUGCUCAGCGAGGAGAUGUGUCCCUGGGAGCUCCCUGCCAUGGCGUUCCUUGUGGAGGCCCUGGUCUACCUGGACGUGAGGGAGUGCGGCGAAAGCGUCCUGCAGAUCCUUUCAAGGCACCUGUGGAGCGAGUGCCCAGAGAUGCGCCGCCAAGUGCUGAGGGGCCUGGUGGUGCUCAGCCAGGAUGCCGUGACGGCCAAAAGAAUGGG